AUGGCGAAAAUAUUCCAAGGAUCGGAUUUGUUUCACGAUGACCAAUUGAGGAGAAAGUUAAAGGCCCACAUUAAGGCGGAUUGCCUGGUGGGAAUGCCAACAGAAACGGUUUACGGAUUAGGAGGGAACUCCCUUAGUGAGAAAUCUCUAAGGAACAUAUUUCAGAUGAAGAAUAGACCCGUAAGUGAUCCUAUCAUUUCUCAUGUGUAUGACAUAAAGCAAGCGUUUGACCAACUGUACCAUGUGAAUGUGUUUGAAAAGUUUACUAUAUAUACGUUAGGUAAAUAUUUUUGGCCUGGCCCUUUGUCAAUAAUUGCGAAGGCGAAAAAGGAGGUGCCUUUAAUCCUCACGGCGCAUACGGGGUUUUGUGCUGUAAGAAUGCCAAGGAAUAACAUCGCCAUGGAGAUCAUAAAAGUGAGCCAAGUGCCAAUCGCAGCUCCGUCCGCCAAUAAGUUCCAACACAUCAGUCCUACCACGUCUACUCAUGUGUUCGAAGAAUUUGAAAAAGAGGAUAUUCUCAUCUUCGACGAUGGGCAGUGUGACAUAGGUAUUGAGUCCACCGUUUUGAAGCUGGUCAAGUAUAGGAGGGUGGGGGUAAUAAAACCGAACCGAUUGACGGGAGGGGAUCAAACUUGUGAGGAGACCCAACUAGAGGAAGUCACCACCGAUGAAGAAUACGAAAAGGAAUACACAGACGAAAUGGAGUUUUUGCGCAAAGUCACGGGGACACCGUCAUCCGUGACCGACGUGGAAGUUUACGACAAGUUGAAAGGUCUGUUUGAGACCAUUGCGGGGGGGGAAGAUGUGGAGGAUAAUGUGUCAAAAAUGGGAGAUGAAUUGCCUAGGACGAGUGAACCCUCCCUUUUGGGAAAAAUCCUCAAAUACAAGAACCUGUACGACUAUCGUAUCCGAAUUUAUCGGAGGGGAAAGUACACCAAGGAGGAGAUUGAGGAGGCCCUCAGAUCCUCUCCUUUGCUCAGAGAUAUACAGGUUGAUUUGUACGAAAAAAUUAAGUUUGAAAAUGUGGCCAUUUUGCGUGGGGGGGAAGGUGCACACUUGGGUGGCAAAAUGAAUACCCAAUCGGAAGGUGCACUAAACGGGUCAGUAAAGGGCGUGCUGAACAGUUGCCUUUCCAGCUGCUUAAGUGGCAACACUGCAGAGGAGGUGAUGCCGAAUGAGGUGAGCCCAGGUCUAUUGCUCACACAUUAUAGUCCUGUCGUUUCGACGUACCUACUGGAUAAUGCACCGGAUGGAGGAGACCAAAGUGGGUCAACGGGUAAGAAGCCAAUUGGAAGCAUCUCCUUGGCGAAGUGCGUCCUUCUAGACAUAGGCAACUCUUUUGAACACCACCAGGGGGACUUCCUAAAAUAUAUUAACAUCUCAUACGAAGGAGUGGCCACCAAAGAAGAACAGACAAAAUUGGUGAUGAGGAACUUUUUCCUUUUUUUGAGACAAGCAGAACAGCUAGCUAUAGAAAAUCAGGCUGACGGAAUCCUCAUUUCGAUUUUAAAUUUAAAGUGCGUCGAUGAGGGAAGUCUCUCCAUCUUUGACAGAAUUUUCAGGGCAGCUUCGGGCAGAGUACUGCAGGUGGCUGUGCCCGAGGUGGGGUCCUUGCGCUUGCUUUAG